AUGCCCCCCGACGCCUACUACCCCCUCCACCAGCUCCCGUACCACGUCAGCCCACGGCCCAGCCUCGACAUGGCCUAUGCCCUUCCCUACACCCCCGUCCGCUACGACCACCGCGCAUUCGUUACCCCAGACAGCUACGGCUCGGGCGACGACGGCUGGGGCGACAAGCGUAGAGACACCGACGAUUACGAGCGCGUCGACAGUCCGAGGAAGAAGCCACGGAUAACGUUACCACGAGGGCAUGCAUGUGUUGCUUGCAGCAAAUGCCAGGAAGGCAUCAGGCCGUGUGCCACUUGUAUCAAGGCGAACAUAGAGUGCAAAGACGAAGACAUUCCGAGAAAGAAACCCAGAAAUGUGUUGUUGGAAGAGCGUAUCCUCGAACUCGAGAGCAUGCUUGGUAUUCGCAAGGGCUCGUCCGCGCGACCUAGCAUAUCUACGUCCAGCUUUUCCACCGACUCGGGCCCCUCUUCCGACUUUAUGGCAGGCGAGCCGUUAUACAGCGGUCCCAGCCGCAUCAGCACCCCCUACGUCGGCUCUCAGCCACUCAUCAUGCCCCCGCCCCUCUCGUCAGCCAGCCCGCAUAUGGAGCUCGACAUUAUACCGGGAUCAUCCAUCGAGCUCGCUUUGAUUCAGUACAUUCUACCAUACACCCCACACCUCCUCAUUCCCGUUCACCCUGAACGACUUCUCGCAGAGCUGUCUCUGUCUAGCCACGACCCGUCACGACCCCAUCCGGCGCUUCUGUAUGUGCUCUUUUCCGAGGCCGUUCGCCACUUGGAAGCCGGUAUUCCCCCUACUAGCCUUCCCAAACCACCCUACCUCUUCCAUCCAUCCCUCACCCCGCCCAUACCUUCGACAGGCAUCAACCGUGACUCGCUCCUCGCGCAUUUAGGCGGUACAGCCCCGCUUUUGCUCGAACGCGCGAGGCACGAGCUGGAUGUGGGUAUACGCCAGUUUGGUAGGGUCUUUGACCUUUCGAGGGCGGCUGUAGGUAUCGCGAGGUCGUUGUAUACCCAAGGAAGGUUUGUGGAAGGAUGGUCGAUACCGGUAGCCAACCUCGCCAUCGCAUGUGGGCUCCACCGUAUAUCGGGCGGGUACAUCCCCCCGCCUCCUUCCAUCCCCCCCGCCACCAAAAUCGCAAGUAUUCCCGACCCUUAUGCAAGGGAACACGAGUACAGCCAUGCUCAUACAUACGGCCGACCUCAAGUGGGACAGCCGCAGUUGAGGAUGAAGGUGGUGUUGGUCCCACCCGCGAGGGAUGAGAUUGAAGUUGCGGAAAGGGUGAUGACGUUUUGGGCGGUCAAGAGACAGUGUUGGACAAUGUCGAUUGGGUGGGGUUGGCCGGAUCCGUUGCCAGAUGAAGAAUGCACGACCGAGUGGCCUUGGGGCUGGGGUCAUGUUGAAUUGGGACAGGCGGGGGUAGCAAAUGAGAGAUAUUCCCUGAUGGACCUAUUCGACCCAUCUUCGGCUAUGCACACCAGCACCCAGGCGGACACAACUUGUACACUAGCGACAAAAAGCACGGCGCUGUUGGCUCGCGCCAGCUCCUUGUCCGACUUGCCGCAUUCGCAGCGAACUGUAGCGUUGCCCGAUGGGACGGUGGUUGCGACCUACAUGGCUCCGAUGCCCGAGAUUAAAGAUCUCCAAACCGCCAUUGCGCUCUUCAGACAACAUAUCCCCGCCCCAUUCACUUUCCCUCCUUCCCCUGCUUCUUCCGCCCCUCUCUCCGGCCCUUCUACGACCCCACCUUCCCCCACCGCUUACCCCGACAUAUACGACGGCCCCUCCGACCCGUUCUGGAUACUCUUGCACACAAACUUGUAUACAGCUGAAAUGUUGAUGUGGUGGGAGAUGGCGAACCAUCAAACCGAAGCGCACCGUUCGGCUGUACAAUGUGCAAGGGCGAUUAUAGGGCUGGUCGUCCUCGUUCCGGAUGAGAAAUGGGCCAAUGUCGACGUGCUCUCGGCACUGGGCUUGUCGUAUGCCGCGAGGGUGUUGAAUAAAGAAGCCUAUCUUCUUCAAGCUGCUGGUUCUAUCGAAAGAGCCGAACGCGCGAUAUCAGACUCUGAAGUACUCCGGCACUGUCUCGAAGGACCGAUCAACAAGUAUCUCAAGGUUGCGGGCGCUUUUUCACAGAUUGUGAAUCGUAUCAAGGCAGGGCAGUCGGAAAAGGUUGGAGAGUAUGAGAGAGUGUAG